AUGGGUGACUCUGAAGAUGAAAACGUAUGGAGUUACUACACUCUGGAAUUAAUUCCAGAGCAAGACUCUUCAAUAGUACCCAAGGACCUCAAGGUUGAUGAGGUUACAUGGCAGACUUAUAUUAGAUCUGCUCUUCAAAAGUACCAUGGGCUGUUUGGACUUGCCAUAACAGUGGAGGUUGUAAAGACAAUGGACAAUAGGGCAAUGGUUAGGUUACAAAAUGAGGAUAUACAGUUGUACAUCUGA